AUGAAGCCCUUGGAAGAGGGAUCACUGCUCGAUGAUGAGGCAAUCGUUUCUCGUCGUGGCUCACGCGGUGUGCCUGUUUGCGAACUCGGAAAUCAUCAACGAAUGGCUUUCCUGCGAAAAUAUUUCUUCACACUAUUCUUUCAGGCAGUGACAUGCACAUUGGUGAGCGCUGUGCUCUUUCUCAUUCCGGGAGUCAGAGGAUUCGUUCAACAAACGGGAUGGUGUAGAUGGCUCAUUUAUUCAACAACGGGAGCCUCAUUGGCUCUUUCAGUAAUCGCCGAAUCAAAAUACCCGUUGAAUUAUUUCAUUUGGAUUCUUCUCACUGGCCACCUCUCAUUGAUAAUAACUUUGCUCUCUACUUACAAUGACACCGAAGUGCCGAUCCAGAUCUGCGCCCUUUUAGCCACGAUUUUCCUCGCGAUGAUCGUCUAUUGCUCACAGAAUUCCCUCAAAUACAAUAAAUUCUACGCGAUGAUCGCCUCAGGAAUGAUCGCUUUCAUGAUGUCUGUUUUCAUUCAGGUAGCGCUGGUGAUCUACGAUUUCUCGUACGUGACAUGUGUCGGUUUGAGUUUUCUUCUCUCAUCGUAUAUCCAUCAAAUGGCCGAUGUUGGCAUGCAAAAAUUGACGACCGCCGAUGCACUACGCGCGAAUUUCUCUCUGUACACGAGUGGGCUCAAAUGGAUGAUCGCGAAAUUUCUG